AUGGCAGGAAGACUGAGCGGUGUGGCGUCACGAAUCAUGGGCGGAAACGGCAUCGUUUCCCGAUCCAACGCCUCUUCUCUCCGCCAACGCGCCGGGAUGGGUCUCCCCGUCGGCAAACACAUCGUCCCCGAUAAGCCGCUUUCGGUUAACGACGAGCUGAUGUGGGACAACGGGACUGCGUUCCCAGAGCCUUGUAUAGAUCGGAUUGCUGAUACCGUCGGGAAGUAUGAAGCAUUGGGAUGGUUGUGUGGCGGUUUAGGGUUCUUUGCGUCUCUUGGUUUGCUCGCUGUUUUGAACGAUAAAGCUUCCAAAGUUCCUUUUACGCCGCGAGUGUAUCCGUAUGAUAACUUGAGAGUGGAGCUUGGAGGAGAGCCAUAGAAGAGACCUAUCAAGUGAUAUACUCAAUCAAAACUCAAUCAGUGUUUUCGUCACUGCUUUGUUUUUCAAAAUGUUUUAACUUUGUGCUCAGAACUUGAAUACAAAAGAAUAAAUGAGACUUGCGUUUUCCAUUUAUAUGUGCUGUCUCUGUAAUUAACAGUCACCAUUUGGGUGAUUCAUAAGAGUAAGACAUCUGUUUUCAAUAAAUAUAAAAACUCUGUUCGGUUGUGUCU